GUACUGGCCCAAGAUUGGAAAAGGAAAAAAACCCAGACUCCUGCUACAAAUGGCAUAGGUCUGGGGGUUGCAACUGCUGGUUGUAUGCUGGGAGCUGUGAUUGUGACCAACAUUGACAAAAGACGUGUUCUGAAAAAGCAAUGGAGGCUGGAAUGUUGUGCUGCCCAAGACAAAGGCAAGUCCUAUUUCUCUUUAUGUUUGGGGGAGUAUCCUUAGCAGGUUCUGGGUUUGGACAAUAUUCUGUGACAGAGGAAACAGAGAGAGGAUCAUUUGUGGUUAAUCUGGCAAAGGAUCUGGGGCUAGGGGACCAGGAAUUGGUUUCACGGGGAGCCCGGGUGGUCUCUGAUAACAAACAACACUUGCUCCUGGAUCCUCAUUCUGGAGAUUUGCUCACAAAUGAGAAACUGGACCGGGAAAAGCUGUGUGGCCUCACAGAGCCCUGUUUGCUGUAUUUCCAAAUUUUAAUGGAUAACCCCUUUCAGAUUUACCGGGCUGAGCUGAGGGUCAGGGACAUAAAUGAUCAUUCACCAAUGUUUCGGGACAAAGAGACGGUCUUAAAAAUAUUAGAAAAUACAGCUGAAGGGACAGCAUUUCGACUAGAAAGAGCAGAGGAUUCAGAUGGAGGACUUAACGGUAUACAAAGCUACAUCAUCAACCCGAACCCUUUUUUCCAUAUUAAAAUUAGUGACAGUGAUGAAGGCAUGAUAUAUCCAGAACUAGUAUUGGAUAAGGCACUGGACCGGGAGAAGCAGCACGAACUCAGUUUAACACUCACGGCACUGGAUGGUGGGUCUCCACCCAGGUCUGGGACCACCACAAUACGAAUUGUGAUCCUGGACAUCAAUGAUAAUGCUCCCCAGUUUUCUCAGACAAUGUAUGAGACCCAGGCCCCAGAAAACAGCCCAGUAGGGUCCCUUAUUGCAAAAGUCUCUGCAGGAGAUAUAGAUUCUGGAGUCAAUGCAGACAUAUCCUAUUCAUUUUUUGAUGCUUCUGAAGAUAUUCGAGAAACCUUUCAAAUCAAUCCUUUUUCUGGAGAAAUUGUCCUCAUAGUGUUGCUUGAUUAUGAGCUAGUAAAGUCUUACAAAAUAAAUAUACAGGCAAUGGAUGGAGGGGGUCUUACUGCAACAUGUACCGUUUUGGUGGAAGUAUUAGAUAUCAAUGACAAUCCCCCUGAACUGAUCAUGUCAUCACUUUCCAACCAUGUCGCUGAGAACUCUCCUGAGACGGUACUGGCUGUUUUUAGAAUUAAAGACAGAGACUCUGGAGAAAAUGGAAAAAUGCACUGCUACAUUCAAGAUAAUCUGCCAUUCCUUCUGAAACCCUCUGUGGAAAAUUUUUACAUCCUCAUGACAGAAGGAGGGCUGGACAGGGAAAGUCAAGCCGAGUACAACAUCACCAUCACCGUCACCGACUUGGGGACCCCCAGGCUGAAAACGCAGCACAACAUCACCGUGACGGUCUCCGACGUCAACGACAACGCCCCCGCCUUCAGCCAAACCACCUACACCCUGCGCGUCCGCGAGAACAACAGCCCCGCCCUGCACAUCGGCAGCGUGAGCGCCACGGACAGGGACUCGGGCGCCAACGCCCAGGUCACCUACUCGCUGCUGCCGCCCGCGGACCCUCAGCUGCCCCUGGCCUCCCUGGUGUCCGUCAACGCGGACAACGGGCAGCUGUUCGCGCUCAGGUCCCUGGAUUACGAGGCGCUGCAGGCGUUCGAGUUCGGCGUGCGCGCGGCCGACCGCGGCUCGCCCGCGCUCAGCAGCCAGGCGCGGGUGCGCGUGCUGGUGCUGGACGACAACGACAACGCGCCCUUCGUGCUGUACCCGCCGCAGAACGGCUCUGCGCCCUGCACCGAGCUGGUGCCCAGGGCGGCCGAGGCGGGCUACCUGGUGACCAAGGUGGUGGCGGUGGACGGCGACUCGGGCCAGAACGCCUGGCUGUCGUACCAGCUGCUCAAGGCCACGGAGCCCGGGCUGUUCGGCGUGUGGGCGCACAACGGCGAGGUGCGCACGGCCCGGCUGCUGAGCGAGCGCGACGCCGUCAAGCACAGGCUGGUGGUGCUGGUCAGGGACAAUGGCGAGCCGCCGCGCUCGGCCAGCGUCACGCUGCACGUGCUGCUGGUGGACGGCUUCUCGCAGCCCUACCUGCCGCUCCCGGAGGUGGCGGCGGCCGAGGCGCGGGCAGACCCGCUCACCGUCUACUUGGUCGUCGCCUUGGCGUCCAUGUCGUCGCUCUUCCUGUUCUCGGUGCUGGUGUUCGUGGCGGUGCGGCUGUGCAGGCGGAGCCGGGCGGCGUCUGCGGGUCGCUGCUCGGGGCCCGAGGGCCACUUUCCGGGCCACCUGGUGGACGUCAGCGGCACCGGGACGCUGUCCCAGAGCUACCAGUAUGAGGUGUGUCUGCGGGGAGGCUCUGGGACCAGUGAUUUCAAGUUCCUCAAGCCCAUUAUCCCCAAUAUCCAGGCACAGGACUCUGGGGGGCAUAGCGAAGAAAAUCCCACCUUUCGAAAUAGCUUUGGAUUUAACUUACAGUAAAAAUUCUUUUUUAUAUUUUCACGCACUUUUAAGUGGUGUACAAUCAUAUCAAUAUCAGUUUAGUUUUAAAAUUCCUAGUUAUUGUACAAUUUUAAGCCUAAUUUUAGGUACUAUAUAUCUAUGAUUUACAAUGUCAUUUCAUCCUUUUUUGCAUUUAAUCAAUAGGUAGCUUUAAUUAGCACCCAUUUGUAAAUAAUAGUUUAAGGUUUAAUCAUUUCAAAAUGUACAAGGAUGUAGUUAUUCUUACCUAGAAAAUUGAAAUUUGUCUUUUCCUUUUAGUAUAUUUCAUAGACUAAUCUCUGUCGUCAUCACCUUGUACUUCCUUUAUGUCAGCAGACAUUCCUCCACUUCUGAUCUUCUCUAACAUUCUGUUUAAUCAUGUGAAAAAAAAUCAUGUCAUCUAGCAUUUUAAAGAUAUUUCUCUCUUACUCUGCUCGUGAGAAAAUGAGAGAGAUCAUUUUGUGAGUGAUAUGGGACUACAGUAAUAUCUUGUAGUCAUAUUAUUCCAUUUCCUUUAAAUACACUACUCUUACUAUUUUCUAGUGUUCACUUUUGCUGACAUAUGUUAAAAAAAUAGGUCAUGUCUCUUAAUGGCAACAAAAUGUAAUAACCUGCAUGAAAAUAAAUAAAAACAUUUUGAAAAUU